AAAGAAAGCACAUAUGGAUUAUUUUUCUGGGUUAGUCGGUGACUUGACCUUUUGAUGGAGUUGGACUGUUGGUUCAACCUUCACCAACCAUUCCAUCUUCACUGUUAGGUGAAUAUUGAGAGGACUUCAGUUCAUAUCAGUUUGUUAUAUUCAUUACUUGAGGCUUUGAGCUUCUCAAUCUUCUCUUCUGUGUUUCUUUACCAUGGAUUCCAACUCCUCGGAUAUAGUCCAUGAGUUCCUUCCUUUGUUCCGUAUAUACAAAGAUGGCCGUGUGGAGAGGCUUAUGGGCACAGAAACCAUACCACCCUCCACUGACCCCCAUACUGGUGUCCAGUCUAAAGAUAUCAUAGUCUCAACUGAGAACAACCUCUCUGCUCGCCUCUUUCUUCCAAAACUCAGAAGCCCCCAUCAGAGACUCCCUCUUCUUAUAUACAUCCAUGGAGGUGCGUUUUCGGUUGCAUCUCCUUUUUCUCCUAUAUACCAUCGCUAUCUCACUUCGCUGGUCAAUGAAGCUAAUGUGAUAGCAGUUUCUGUGCAGUAUAGAAGAGCUCCAGAGCACCCUCUCCCUACUGCAUAUGAUGAUACCUGGGAAGCAAUCAAGUGGGCAGCUUCACAUGUAAAGGGCAACGGUCCUGAACCCUGGCUGAAUGAUCAUGUCGAUUUUCAGAGAGUUUUCUUGGCUGGUGAUAGUGCCGGGGCUAAUAUUGCUCAUAACUCGGCAAUGAAAGUAGGCGUUGAUGGUCUGGAUGCUGUGAGAAUACACGGUUUGGUUUUGGUCCACCCAUUUUUCAUGAACAACGAGCCUGAUAAGCUGAUAGAAUUUAUUUUUCCCUCAAGUAGUGGCUGCAAUGACCCAAGGAUGAACCCGGUUAGUGCUGGUGCGGAGCUAGCUCAACUAGGGUGCUCCAAGGUUCUGGUGUUCGUUGCAGGAAAAGAUUGGUUGAAAGAUAGAGGAUGUAGUUAUUAUGAGGCAUUGAAGAAGAGUGGAUGGAGUGGGACUGCUCAGGUUGUGGAGACAGAAGGAGAGGACCAUGCCUUUCACUUGUUUAACCCUGCCUGUGAGAAGGCGAAGGAUUUGAUGAAACAUGUAGCUUCCUUCUUGAAUCAAGAAUAGCGAUUAAACCUGAAAAGAAUUUAGGUUCUUCCUUCAUUGAUGAUUGUUAGCCUCAUAUUUGGCAUAACAGUGAUGCUAUGUAUUUGUCUAGCCUCAAAAAGUAUGAUUAACUUGCCCUUUUUUGGGUACAUAUAUCUGCAUUUGUUGUUGUAGCAUGAUUAACAUGAAAUGUGCUUUGUGCAUGAUUUGUGGUUACCCCUUCUCUAUAAAUUACUUACAAAUCU